AUGUUCAUUGUUACGCUCGGCAUAGUCGCAGCAGCGAUUUACCUAGGUCUGAAGUACCUCUACUCACACUGGGACCGGUACGGAAUUCCAAGUUUGAAGCCAAACAUUCCCUUCGGUAAUAUCGAAACGGUGGGCAAGAAAACCGAAUCGUUCGGCGUCGCAGUCAACAAUCUGUAUCACGGAACGAAAGGUCAACUGGUCGGAAUCUACCUGUUUUUCCGUCCGGCCAUUUUGAUUCGAGAUGCCCACUUGGCCCAUCGGAUAAUGACAACGGAUUUCAAGUUCUUUCACGAUCGCGGAGUGUACUACAACGAGGAAGGUGAUCCAUUUACUGGGCAUUUGUUCGCAUUGCCAGGCAAACGAUGGAGAGCUUUGCGUAAUAAAUUCACUCCGACGUUUACUUCCGGUCAGCUACGGCACAUGUAUCCCACUAUUCUAUCGAUCGGGUACAAAUUUCAACGGUAUCUGGAACCAGCAGCAUCCAAAAAUGAAAUUGUGGACAUGCGCGCACUUCUCUCUCGUUUCAUGCAGGAAGUUGUGGCAAGCGUUUUCUUCGGUUACGAAGCUAACUGCAUCAAUAAUCCAAAUGAUGAUUUCACUCGAAUCAUGGAUUUUGUGCAAAAGGACAAUAUUUCUAUCAACUUUCGUUCGGCAGCUACAUUCUUGUGUCCUGGUUUGCUAAAAAUUACCGGAAUAUCGGGGCUGGAACCGGAAGUGAAGGAGUUUGUAACGAAGAUAAUUACCGAACAGGUUGAGUAUCGCGAAAAAAAUAACGUUCAACGAAAGGAUUUUAUCCAACAGCUGAUUGAACUUCGACGAGAGGACAGUAAGAACAAGGAAGUUAUGCUAAGCUUGGAAGAAUGUGCAGCCAACAUUUUCCUGUUCUACAUUGCCGGUUCGGACACAUCAACCGCUGCGAUUAGUUUUACCUUGCAUGAGCUCAGCCAGAGUCCGGCCAAUAUGACGAAACUUCAAAAUGAGAUUGAUGAAAUGCUGCAAAAAUCCAACGGAGUGGUAGCGUACGAUGUAGUGAAGGAGAUGAAAUUCUUGGAUCUAUGUCUUAAGGAAACUUUGCGGAAAUAUCCGGGUCUUCCGAUCUUGAACCGUGAAUGCACUGAAGAUUAUCAAGUUCCACACUCUAAAGUGGUGAUCCGGAAAGGAACUCAGUUGAUUAUUCCCUUGCUGGGAUAUGGUAUGUCUGAGGAGUAUUUCCCGGAGCCAUCACGUUACGCACCGGAACGGUUUGCGGUCGAAAGCCAGAAUUAUGACGAAAAGGCUUACUAUCCUUUCGGGGAAGGUCCACGAAACUGUAUUGGACUUCGCAUGGGAUCAAUGGUUUCGAAGAUAGGCUUGGUGCUGCUGCUGUCGAAAUAUAACUUCGAAGCUACUCGAGACGCAAAAUUCAAUUUUAUGCCCUCCAUGGUUACGCUAAUACCGCAAGGAGGCAUUCCGCUGAAAAUAACACCCCGAAAAUAA